AUGCCUUCGUAUGCUAAAUUCCUUAAAGAAAUUCUUUCCAACAAGAAAAAGCUCAAGGAUAAUGAAACUGUGAUGCUCACAGCUGAGUGUAACGCUAUAAUUCAAAAUAACAUGCCUCCAAAGCUAAAAGAUCCAGGUAGUUUUUUCAUACUUUGCGUGAUAGGAAAAUUUGUCAUAGACGAAGCACUUUGCAAUUUAGGAGUCAGUGUUAGUUUAAUGCCCCUUUCCAUCUGUGAAAAACUGAAACUAGGAGAAGUAAGACCCACGAGAAUGUCUCUCCAACUGACUGACCGUUCUGUUAAGUUCCCCAUAAGUAUGUUAGAAAACGUUCCCGUUCAAAUAGGUCAAUUCUACAUCCCUACCGACUUUAUAAUUAUGGGCAAAAAGGAGGCUUCCAACAUUCCAAUCAUUUUAGGAAGACCCUUUUUGGCCACAGCUGGCGCCAUUAUAGACGUGAAGAAAGGAAAACUAACCUUUAAGGUUGGUGAAGAGAAAUUUGAAUUUAUUCUUUCACAACUAUUGAAGGCACCGACUAUAAAUGACUCUUGUUGUUCCUUAGACAUCAUCGACGAAUGUGUAAGAGAAAUGGAAAUGAAACCACCUAAGUAUAUUAAAAUACUAAAGAUUCCAGCACCUCCUAUAUUUGAAGAUGAUGAAUGGCGAAAGCCAUAUGUAGAUAGGAGCCUAAGUGAAUGUCUUGCACUUACUCCAGAUCAUAUGCCCUACCCAAACAAACCCUCUAUAGAACUUAAGAUAUUACCCAAAAAUCUGAGGUACCCUUUAAGUAAAAAGGACUCCAAGCCAAGACUCUUUAUAUGUAUAUUACUAUUGCAAGAAUUCGAUCUAGAGAUCAAAGAUAAAAAGGGCACUGAAAAUGUCGUAGCUAAUCAUCUCUCUAGACUUGAGAAUAUAAAAAAGGAACAAGUGGCCACCAAUGAUGAUUUCCCGAAGGAUUGGCCUUUCAAACUUCAUGAGGCUCUGUGGGCUUAUAGAACAGCCUAUAAAACACCAAUAGGGACCACUCCAUUUAAACUAGUUUAUGGUAAAUCCUGUCACCUGCCUGUUGAAUUAGAACAUAAAGCUUAUUGGGCCAUUAAGACCUUAAAUAUAAAUUAUACAGCCGCAGGAGAACAACGAAUUCUCGACAUCCAUAAACUAGAAGAACUUAGGUUAAAUGCCUAUGAAAGUGCUCGUAUUUAUAAUAAAAUGACUAAACAGUGGCAUGAUAAACGCAUAACAAUAUGA